AUUGUUCCAUUGACGUUUUUUUUUCUUUCUUCUUUAUAUUGAAUUCUGAUCGUCGUUUUAAGUGAUCAUGCGUGCACUAUGCUGUGGUUUCACGCCAAUGUUCUUUGGUUCCAAAACAGUCGAACUUGUCCCGGGAAGUACCUCUCUAUCAAAGGUAUGCAAGAGUCAAAAGAGAAGGAAGGGCUUCAAUCAGGAUAAUUCACCCCCAUUGCAAUGCAACUUCAUUCUGAUGAUGGAGCUUAGGAAGAAAAUUAUAACAUUUAGAGACAUCAUUGAUCUACCACCUUGUAAUACAGCUUUAGCAACAGAUCAGAUGAUAAUAGGAACAGUGAAAGAUCUACAUAAGUACUACCCUCAAAGCAUACCUCGGUUCCGUAGAUCUAAACUAAAAAAAUUACCUCUUGAUACGCUACUGAUCUACUUUUGCAAGACAUUGCAAGAUCUAGCAGAUGUAUCGAAUAUGAGUGGUGAAGGGAUAGACAAAUGCACACUUGAUAUAAACAAUGAAGAGCACAAAAGUGUUAAAAAACUUGUUGAAAUUACUGUGGCGUCACUGAAUGGGUUGAUUAAGAUAGCAAGAGAGAAAUCUGAUAUGAUUAAUGAAGAUGAAGAGAAUGAUAAGGGUUUAUGUCAAAAGGUUAAUCCUUGUAAAGAAAGCGACUAUUGCUUCCCUUCACCGACUUCGGUGCUGCCUCAGUUGAUGAACGGUCCAUUAAAACAUUCUUAUCCCUCGCCUGUUGUGUUGUCCGUCAAUAUUCAAGCAGUGGGGAAACUGAGCCCCAUGGAUGUUAAGCAACUGAAAUAUAUGCUUCCUGAUUAUGGAGAUGAAGUUCCCAGUUUUUUGAAGCAAAACAAGGUUUUGAUUGAGGAACAAGAUGAAGAAAAUGAUGAAUUUGUUGAUGAAACCGAGGAUCUGAACUCUCAGAACGAGACACUAGAGGAUCCAGUUUCUGAUUCAGACGGUGCAUAUGGUGAUACAACGAUAAAUGGAAGCAAAGCUCCACCAAUAACACCAUUGUUAACUCCGCCGGCGGAAGUGACACCACCUCCUGAGUUGUCGGGAGAUGUAGAAGCUGAUGAAGACAGAUCAGCAUCACCACCACCACCACCAGCAGCAGCAGCAGAAGAAGAUUUAUCGAAGAUUCCACCAACGCCAUCCCAACCAAUUUCAGAAGCAAAAGAACCAGAGGCCCCCUCACAGGGUUCAGCAUUGGAAGAAACAGCAGCAACCGGAGUACCAUCGCCGCCAGCUCCAUCAAAGCCAAAUAUAGAGGUAAUAACAGCAGCACCAUCAGCGCCAACGGAGCCAAAUAUAGAGGUAACAGCAGCACCACCAUCAGCGCCAACAGAGCCAGAUAUAGAGGUAACAGCAGCACUCCCUCCACCAGCACUUCCAGUUGCACCAACACCACCUCCUCUUCCUAGAUGUAUAUCAGCACCAACAAUGCCAAAUAUAGAGGUAACAGCAGCACAACCACUACCAGCGCCAACAAUGCCAAAUAUAGAGGUAACAGCAGCACAACCAUUACCAGCGCCAGUUAUAGAAGUAAAAGCAGCACUCCCUCCAUCAGCACCUCCUGUAGUGGCAAAAGAAGCACCAGUUACACCAGCACCACCUCCUCUUCCCAGAAGUAUAUCAGCACCAAUUACAGAACCACCACCACCUCCUCCUACUAGAACUGCAUCAAUACGACCCUCACCACCAGCACCACCCAUGAUGGCUUCAAAAGGAUCAGGACCAAUGCUGCCGCCACCACCAGGAGCGUCACGGGCGAAUGGAGGUGCUCCACCGCCUCCUCUACCUGGUAGCGUGCGCUCCAAGAAAGCAGACACUAGAUUGAAGAGAUCAAGUCAUAUGGGUAAUCUAUAUCGAAAUCUCAAGGGGAAAGUAGAAGGAGUUCCAAAGCGAGGCCCCUUUGCAGCUAAUGGAAAAAAGGGUGGAGGUGGUGCUGCAAACAGCGGCAAUGGAAAACAAGGAAUGGCUGAUGCAUUAGCAGAGAUGACAAAGAGAUCAACUUACUUCAUACAAAUCGAAGAAGAUGCUAAGAAAUAUGAAAAAUCAAUCAAAGAAAUCAAAACUUCCAUCAGUACAUUCAAAACCAGUGACAUGUCUGAGCUAAUAAAGUUCCACAAAUCAGUGGAAUCCAUUCUCGAGAACUUAACAGAUGAAAGUCAGGUUCUAGCAAGGUUUGAAGGCUUCCCUGGAAAAAAGCUGGAAGCAAUAAGGACAGCAGCGGCUCUUUAUUUGAAGUUAGAAUCAAGGUUGACUGAGCUACAAAACAUGAAGAUUGAGCUUCCUUUAACCCAGCUUUAUGAGAAGGUUGAACGUUACUUCGACAAGAUAAAAAAGGAAAUAGACUCCCUGGAGCGAACCAAGGAUGAAGAAGCCAAGAAAUUAAAGACACACAACAUAGAUUUUGACUUCCAAAUUAUUGUACGAAUCAAAGAAGCAAUGGUCGAUGUUUCCUCCAACUGCAUGGAGUUGAUACUGAAGGAGAGAAGAGAAGCAAAAUUGGCAGGAAAUGAAGUGUCCAAAGGAAAAGGUGAAGCAACAAAGAAAGUGUGCACUAAAAUGCUGUGGAGGGCUUUCCAAUUCGCUUUCCGGGUCUAUACGUUCGCCGGCGGACACGAUGAUCGUGCCGAUAGGCUGACCAGAGAACUGGCCCAUGAAAUCGAGACUGAUCCUGAAAAUCAGUGAUUGUUUCACCGAUAUAUGUAAGGUAUAGCAUAUAGUGUUUAUAUAGCAUUAGCAACUUGUGGAAUCGAAUUUCUUUGUAAAUUAAAUCUACUUUUGUUCCAGUUGUGAAUUUGAUGGACUGUGAAAUCGAAAGUUGCUUCACGAGUUUGAACGCAGAGCUCUUA